AUGGCCGACGCGCGCCUCCGCCGCGUCCAGAAGGAGAUUAAGGCGUGCCAGGCAGACAAGCACAGCCAGAUUUCGAUCCAAAUGGUCGAGGACAACCCGUUCCACCUCAUCGGCUCCUUCCCAGGACCAGGAGACACUCCGUACGAGGGAGGGUAUUACGAGAUUGACAUUGUUAUUCCGGAUGGGUACCCAUUCGAGGCCGUCAAGAUGAAGUUCAUCACCAAGGUGUACCGUGAGUCGCGUGUCAAAGAUGAAGGGCGCGAUCUGCCUCGACAUCUUGAAGGACAAGUGGUCCUCACCCUCAAGUCGACCCUCAUCUCGCUCCAGUCGCUCCUGUGUAGCCCCGAACCCAAUGACCCACAGGACGCCGAGGUCGCUAAGCACUUCCUGUCGUCGCGCGAGAGCUUUAACGCGACCGCACGGCACUGGGCACAGACGUAUGCACAGCCCACCGCCAAGCGCCCGAUCGGCACCGCGACCGAUGCUGAGCUUGCGGGCCUCACGGAGGCGAGUGUACGCAAGUUUACCGACAUGGGAUUUGAGCGCAAAACCGUGAUCGCAACGCUCAAGCGCUUAAACUACCGCGGGAACAACAUUACGAACAUUAACGAGAACACUGUCGUCGAGGCGCUUCUCAAGUAG